UUCUUUUUUUCUUCCUCUCCUUCAAGACAGGGUUGUAUUAACCAAGGCUGGCCUCUAAUUCCAUAUGUAGCUGAGGACCAUCAUGAAUGUAUUUUUCUGUCCCUACUUUUCAAGUGCUGGAAUUACAGAAUCACAGACAGUAGGCAUCACAUAGACUGUCUUUUCUGCAGAAUUGUGCUAGAUGAGCAUUCUAAUUGAGCUAUAUUGCCAGUCCUUUGAGUUUUCCUACCUUAAAACUAUGCAGGGAUGACUUUUGGAUCUCUUAGAAAACAACACAAACAUGCAAACAAACUCAAAUGUAACACAGCUUUUAGAGCUUCUGGUCUGACAGAGGGCUGCUAGUUGUGUGUAACGCCCUCCCAGCGUCUGCCUUAGCAUGUGAGUCUCAGCUUCCUCUUAUAGAAGCUAUAAUGAUGCCCUUGAAAAAUACUAUGGUAGGAACUAAAUGAGUUUGCUAAUAUUUGGAGUGGUUGCUGGGGUAAGUGUUGUAGGAAGGCACACUUUGAAGCCCAUAGAAAAGUACUUUCAGGUUUGAAAUAAAUUUAAGGGUGUUCAACUUUUCAUUUCAGUCUUAAGAAAACGUUGUAACCAUCUGUCCGUCCGGGUAACCGUCCUAAACGCUAUGGAUUUUGCUGCUUAAAUGGACUGGUCCUUUUCCUCCAGAACACCACAGUGUUGCUGUCUUUGCACUUCAUUUUAUAUUUUAAUUUUGUGGCGUUUGGGGUGGAAUCAAGGCCUCUUGCAAGUCUUUAGAAAUAAAACCAGGUCUUGCCUCCUUUGCCAAACACACACGAGCAAACAGUUUUGUUUAUGUAUUUUAUGUUUAAUACUGAAAUUCCUCAGGAUUGACUUGAACUCUUAUUGAGUAGUGAAAUAUUAAUGAUAUGGCAUUUUAUAUUAAACUUUGUUUUUAUUACCACUUGUUAUUACCUUGUUAUUUUUAGUAUAAUGUAAGCAUGAUGAGUUCUUGGGAGAACGGGAUUUUUCCCCCUGAAAAACCAUGCAAAAUUAAUUGCCUUCGGCAAUAAAAAAUCUUUUAAAGAGUAGAAUAAAUACCUACACCUAUUGGUGUGAACCACUUUGCUUCAGUCUUCCGUUACAGUGAGCAGCACCUCCAGACUUCUGAAUUUCAGCCGUCCUAUUUCCCCAAGAGGACUUGGCGCCAGAGCCCGGCUCCAGCCAGUUUUUCCCCUUGGCAGGGUCGGGGGAAGCGGCGUGUCCCGUGGCCGUAGCAGAGCGCGGGGUCGGUCUGGAGAGCCAUGAGCAGCCCGGAUGCGGGAUACGCCAGUGACGACCAGAGCCAGCCCCGGAGCGCGCAGCCCGCGGUGAUGGCCGGGUUGGGACCCUGUCCCUGGGCCGAGUCCCUGAGCCCCCUUGGGGAUGUAAAGGUGAAAGGCGAGGUGGUGGCGAGUAGCGGGACGUCAGCGGGGACCUCCGGCCGAGCCAAAGCUGAGUCUCGCAUCCGGCGGCCGAUGAACGCCUUUAUGGUGUGGGCCAAAGACGAACGCAAGCGGCUGGCACAGCAGAACCCGGAUCUGCACAACGCAGAGCUGAGCAAGAUGCUAGGCAAAUCCUGGAAGGCGUUGACCUUAGCUGAGAAGCGGCCCUUCGUGGAAGAGGCCGAGCGGCUGCGCGUGCAGCACAUGCAGGACCACCCCAACUACAAGUACCGGCCGCGGCGGCGCAAGCAGGUGAAGCGCAUGAAGCGGGUGGAGGGAGGCUUCCUGCACGCUCUGGCCGAGCCCCAGGCCGGCGCGCUUGGCCCCGAGGGUGGCCGCGUGGCCAUGGAUGGCCUGGGUCUGCCUUUCCCGGAGCCGGGCUAUUCGGCCGGCCCGCCGCUGAUGUCUCCGCACAUGGGCGCCCACUACCGCGACUGCCAGGGACUGGGCACGUCCGCGCUCGACGGCUACCCUCUGCCCACUCCGGACACAUCCCCGCUGGAUGGCGUGGAGCAGGACCCGGCUUUCUUUGCAGCCCCGCUGCCAGGGGACUGCCCGGCGGCCGGCGCCUACACUUACGCUCCUGUCUCGGACUACGUAGUGCCCGCAGAGCCGCCCGCUGGCCCCAUGCGAGUGGGGCCGGACCCCUCGGGCCCUGCGAUGCCGGGGAUCCUGGCGCCCCCCAGCGCUCUGCAUCUGUACUACGGCGCCAUGGGCUCACCCGCCGCAAGCGCUGGGCGCGGUUUCCACGCGCAAUCCCAGCAGCCGCUGCAACCGCAGGCACCGCCGCCGCCACAGCAGCAGCAGCAGCACCAACAGCACCAGCAGCACCCAGCGCACGGCCCCGGGCAGCCUUCGCCCCCUCCCGAGGCUCUGCCCUGCCGGGAUGGCACGGAACCCAGCCAGCCCACUGAGCUGCUAGGGGAGGUGGACCGCACGGAAUUCGAACAGUAUCUGCACUUUGUGUAUAAACCCGAGAUGGGUCUCCCCUACCAGGGACACGACUGCGGAGUGAACCUCUCAGACAGCCAUGGAGCCAUUUCCUCCGUGGUGUCCGACGCUAGCUCAGCGGUCUACUACUGCAACUACCCUGACAUUUGAUGGUUGCCGGCCUGACCUGAGGGCCAGAAGCAGUGUUACACACUUCCUGGAAGCGCUAAGGAAAUCCUUAGCGUCAAGCUGUUUUGUUUUUAAGUUGCCUUGGCAUAUAAUUUAUGGUAAUUUAUUUUGUCUGCCACUUGAACAGUUGAGGGGCUACAUUAGAUUUUUGUUUUAAAUGCCUUGAGGGACUUGCUCCCAACAAUCGCUGUCCAGUUUUAGGCAGUUUUUAAUAUCUCACCAACUUAUUCCAUUUCCUGAAAGUGUAUUGAUCUAAAGAAAUUUUGCCAUGCGUGUUUUCUCGAUCUUAAAUAAAUCCUGGAAUCUUUUAAAAAUAUCUAUCACAUUGGUUUUAUCAAAUUAAUUUAAAUAUCAACAGUAAAUAUACAAUUAGAAGUGUAUAGUUAAAUUGUAAAAUUUCCAUUUUCUUACAAUGGUAAGAAAAUGCAUUUAAGAAACCCUAAAGACAAACAGCGGGGGUGAACAAAUGUGAUAUAAUUGUUCUACGCAAAAAUUCUCACAGAAUGAACUUGCUAUGUAUAUUCCAAAAUAUUGGUUUCUAAAAAUGAUACUGUAAAUGGUUUUAAUUCUGUACACUUUAAGGCUGUUAAAAUAUUUCGGGUUUUCAGUCAUCUUGAUACCUGCCAAAAGAACUUUCCAGAUUUUUUUUGUCUUUUCUUCCAAAAAGUCUUGAUCCCUCUUUUCACAAAAUUUGCCUUUGAUCCCCAUAUUUUUAGAGUCAGAGAAACUAAUCAAAAUAAAAUUUGUGUUGUGACUGUU